AUGGCUGCAGAGUCUGAUGUUCUGCACUUCCAGUUUGAACAGCAAGGAGAUGCAGUCUUGCAAAAAAUGAAUCUCUUGAGACAGCAGAAUUUAUUUUGUGAUGUAUCCAUUUAUAUUAAUGACACCGAGUUCCAGGGGCACAAGGUGAUACUAGCUGCUUGCUCCACUUUCAUGAGAGAUCAGUUUUUACUCACACAAUCAAAACAUGUCAGAAUUACCAUCUUGCAGAGUGCAGAAGUUGGCAGGAAAUUGUUGCUCUCUUGCUAUACUGGAGCGCUUGAAGUGAAAAGGAAAGAGCUUUUGAAAUACUUGACUGCUGCUAGUUACCUUCAGAUGGUUCACAUUGUGGAAAAGUGUACAGAAGCUUUGUCAGGAUACCUGGAAAUUGACCUUUCUAUGAAAAACAACAACCAACACACCGACCUGUGUCAGUCCUCUAACCCAGAUGUUAAAAAUGAGGAAGAAAAUACAGAUAAAGACUGUGAGAUCAUUGAAAUUUCAGAAGAUAGUCCUGUCAACAUAGAUUUCCACGUUAAAGAAGAGGAAAGCAAUGUGUUGCAAUCUACAGUAGAGAGCUUGACAUCAGAGAGACAGGAAAUGAAGUCACCAGAGCUCUCUUCAGUUGAUCUAGGUUUUAAAGACAAUGAAAUUUGUAUCCUCCGUGUGGAAUCUAUAAAUUCCGAGGGUGUAGAGAAUGAGCAGUUUUCACAGCCUUGUACUUCUUCAAAAGCAAGCAUGUAUUUCUCGGAAACACAGCAUUCACUGAUCAAUUCUACUGUUGAGAGCAGAGUGGCAGAAGUUCCUGGGAAUCAAGAUCAGGGGUCAUUUUGUGGGAAUAUUGAAGGAAGUCAUGGAACAGCCAAUGAGAUUCAGAACCUGGAAGAUGUUUAUUCAUUGAGGCACCAGUGCCCCAGGUGUCCACGAGGAUUUCUUCAUGUUGAAAACUAUCUGCGCCACCUUAAGAUGCAUAAACUGUUCUUGUGCUUACAGUGUGGGAAAACCUUUACACAGAAGAAAAAUCUCAACCGGCACAUUCGAGGGCACAUGGGCAUACGGCCCUUCCAGUGUUCUGUGUGCUUGAAGACAUUUACUGCUAAAAGCACGUUGCAGGACCACUUGAACAUACAUAGUGGGGAUCGGCCAUACAAAUGCCAGUGUUGUGAUAUGGAUUUCAAGCACAAAUCUGCCCUCAAAAAGCAUGUCACCUCUGUGCAUGGCCGGAACAGUGGUGAAAAAAUACCUAUUCGUGAUCUCCACCAACAAAAUCUGUUAUAA